AUGACUGCACCAGAAAUCAACAGAGAUACUUUCAAGCUGAACAGUGGCUUUCUCAUUCCAGCUGUUGCGCUUGGGACUUGGAAAUCAUCACCGGAAGACUGCUACAACGCCGUCAAGCAUGCGUUGAAUGUUGGCUACAGACACAUCGAUACCGCCAGAAUUUACUUAAACGAGGCCUCUGUUGGAAAGGCUAUCAAUGAUUUCCUCAAAGAAUCUGACGAUGUGAAGAGGGAAGAUAUCUUCGUUACUACCAAGCUAUGCCCAUGCGAUUAUCACGACCCUGAAACAGCAAUAUUGGGCUCCUUAGAAAGACUUCAGCUGGAUUACGUUGAUCUGUACCUGAUGCACCAUUCUUUGGCUGAGGUUAGCGGCGAAGGUUUAAAACCAGUUGACGAGGACGGAUUCAGAAAGCACAUUCCAUUUGAAAAGCUCAGCUACGUCGAUGCCUACAAGGUAGUGCAAACCUUCGUCAACAAAGGAUACACCAGAUCUGUAGGUGUUUGUAACUUCAACGUUCCGAAAGUGCAAAGGCUGCUUGAAGUUAGUGAAAUACCACCAGCGGUGGUUCAGUGUGAGAUUCAUCCCUACCUUCCACAGCAGGACUUGGUUGACUUCUGCAAAGAACAUGGCAUCGUUGUUGAAGCAUUCUCGCCUCUUGGAUCUACUGGUGCUCCAUUGCUUAAUGAGCCUAUCUUGGUCAGUGUUGCUGAGAAAUAUCAAGUGUCACCGGCCUGUAUUGCCAUCAGUUGGGCCAUUGCUAGAGGAACAGUGCCACUCCCGAAAUCAACUAAUGACAGCCGUAUUGAGGCUAACUUGAAAACAAUCAAGCUCAGUGAUCAAGACGUUGAACUCAUUAAUAACAUUAGCAAGACCACCACUAAGAGAUAUCUCAACUCCAAGUGGCGUAUUGACGUCUACUACAGUGAUGCAGAGUUCAAUCCUGUUAAAUAA